ACGAACCAGGCGCGUUUGUGUAAAGCGGGCAUGGAAAACCAGGGAGGCUCCACUGGAACGGAGCAGCAGUCGGUGGUGAUGCAGAUUGGAGGACAGAAUGGCCAGCAGGUGAUCCAGACGGUGAACGGGCAGCAGGUGAUACUGCAGGGGCUCGGCGGCGCCGCCGGCCAGAUCCAGCUGGCCUCCGGCAAUAAUCACGUACAAAUCAUCCCCAUCCAGAACCUGCAGCAGGCGGCGGGCGGGACGCAGCAGAUGGUGUUGCAGCAGUCACCACAGAUCGUGCAGACCCAGGACGGCCAGACGGUGCUGUUCCAGCCGGUGCAAAUGGACAACGCGCAGGCGGCUGUCUCCACCGCCGCCGCCGCCGCGCCCGCCACGCCCCAGCAGGCGAUCGGCGUCAACAACGGCCAGAUCAUCAUGCUGGUGCCGGGCAGCGGCGGCGUCUCCCAGCUGCAGCGCAUUCCGCUGCCCGGCCCGGAGAUGCUCGAGGAGGAGCCGCUGUAUGUCAACGCCAAGCAGUACCACCGCAUACUGAAGCGGCGCCAGGCGCGCGCGCGCCUCGAGACCGACGGCCGCGUGCCCAAGGAGCGGCGCAAGUACCUGCACGAGUCGCGUCACAAGCACGCGCUGAACCGCGCGCGCGGCGAUGGCGGCCGGUUCGGCUCGAACCCCAGCAAGAGCGCGGCGGGCGCGGCGGGCGUACCUGUUGCCAAAUUCCCACAUGGUCCGGGCGCCUGCGUCAUGGCCGUCCACGUGGCCAUGGUCAGUCCGGAUCCCCCGCUGUCCUGA